UAUUUUCCGCUCUUCCAUUUCAUGCUUCUCGUGCUACCAUUACGAGCUGGCAACAUAUUCCUCAAGCCCCACCGGAUGCCAUCCUUGGUAUUACUGAUGCCUUCAAAAAGGACAUUCACCCCAAAAAAAUGAAUUUAGGUGUUGGUGCAUAUAGGGAUGAUAAUGGAAAACCGUAUGUUUUGAAUGCCGUUAGAAAAGCCGAACAGAGGAUUACCCAAGAUAAACUUGAUAAAGAGUAUCUGUCUAUUACUGGUCUUCCCGCUUUCACCAAAGAGGCAGCACUUUUAGCAUAUGGUAAAGAUUCUGAGCCAUUGCAAGAAGGGUUGAUAGCGAUUACUCAAUCGAUUUCGGGUACUGGAGCCCUUCGGAUCGGUGGCGUCUUCUUAAAUCGAUUCUAUCCUUAUCACAAAAAGAUAUAUCUUCCAACUCCAACAUGGGGUAACCAUCCUGCCGUAUUUAGGGAUGCUGAGUUUGAAAUUGCCCAAUAUAGAUAUUUUGAUAAAUCUACAAAUGGUUUAGAUUUCGAAGGUUUUAUGGAAGAUAUCCGAAGUGCACCCAAGAAUUCUAUAUUUCUUUUGCAUGCAUGCGCGCAUAAUCCUACUGGUGUUGACCCUACGCCACAACAGUGGGAUCAAAUUUCAGAGCUUAUAAAGGAACGUGGUCACUUUCCAUUUUUUGAUAUGGCAUAUCAAGGAUUUGCGUCUGGUGAUAUAAAUCAUGACGCGUAUGCUGUCCGCAAGUUUGUAUCUGAUGGGCAUCGAAUAGCUUUAGCACAAUCAUUUGCCAAGAACAUGGGGUUGUAUGGUGAACGAGUUGGAGCAUUCUCAUUGAUUACAGAAAAUCCAAAAGAAAAGGCUGCAGUGGAAUCACAGCUUAGAUUAGUGAUUAGACCGAUGUAUUCAAAUCCACCUAUAAAUGGUGCACGAAUUGCAAGUUAUGUACUUAGCGAUUCCGAAUUAUUUAAAGAAUGGCUUAGUGAAGUAAAACUCAUGGCUGAUCGCAUAAUUUUAAUGCGAAAUAAACUUAAGCAUCAUUUGGUCGAAGAUUUUGAAUCCAAACUUCCUUGGAAUCAUAUUACUGAUCAGAUUGGAAUGUUUUGUUUUACUGGUUUAAAACCUGAUCAGGUCGAACGUCUCACUCACGAUUAUCAUGUGUACUUAACUAAAGAUGGUCGUAUUUCAAUUGCUGGUAUUUCUUCAAAUAAUGUCAAAUAUUUAGCUGAAGCAAUUCAUGAA